UGAGCUGUCAUUCAUGUCUAACUGUUCCUUCCACGUGUUUCGUCUUUAUUGGAGCGUGUUAGUGACGCGCCUGGAAGCUGUCUGUUCGUUUCGUCUGCGCCGUCUGACGCGUGCGUUACCCUAGGCGUAAUGAUUGCCCUAUUUUUGCCGCCGUUUCAAAUUUUUGACAAAACUCUUUUUUGCCUCUUCUUUUCCUUUACUUUUUCGUUCUGUCUUCUCAUUCUCUUUCUUCCUGAAAGCUUUUUCUUCUUUGAAUCCGCCAUUGCUUCAAACUUUCUUCUGGAACUGCUUUUGAUCCUUCAUUCCUGCAAAAAGCCCUCUUUGUUGUUGUAACUGGUUUCUGGGUUCGGCGAACAUUGCUUCGGCUUCAUUUGUCCUGGUAAGACCCUUUCCUUUAAUUCUUCCAUUCUUUUCAUGCGCUUUUGUCUGUUUGUUUUCCAUUGCUGACCUUGCUCGAGGUCUUGGUUUUAUUCGUAUCUUGAAUUUUAUGGCUAUAUUUUGAACCUCCAUGCUUUUCCAUCAUUCUCUUUGCCGCUGUUCUUGAUUUUUUCCUGUACCUCUAUUGUUUCUGAAAAUUAUACCUCUGUUCUUGAAUCUGAAACCUCGUUUUUGUUUUCUCUUUUUUGUAUCUGCCCCAGAUCUGUGCCCUCGAUCUUUAUCUUAAUAGUUCGUAGAUUUGGGAUUUGUCUGUAGAACCCUUAAUCUUUAGGGAAACCUGAAAAACGCCCGUCUUCUGAAACAUAUUCCUCUUAAUUUAGGCCGACACAAUGGGUAUGUGGAGGCACAGGGUAAAUACCCCAACAAGUCUUGAAUACUUUAGGCAAGAAUUCUCUAUCCCAGCCGACGUUCAUCUUAAGCUGGCUGGGGAUAAUGACACUAUCGUGCCUACAGACCAUACAAUGCCUUUUCCAGUAGUUGCUUUUAUCGAAUGUGGACUUCGGCUUCCACUCGAUCCCCUUUUUCGUCAAGUUCUCCAUUUCUAUAGACUAAACCCCAUGCAACUUACUAUCAAUUCUUAUAGGGUAAUCAACGGUGUUAUAGCCUUAGCUAGGCAGGAAAACCUUAGAAUCACCCUAGCCGACCUUCAAUAUUGUUAUACCAUGUGCCCUCUUGAUCUGAAGGAUAGGGGUUUUGUCUAUUACCUUAAGCCGAGAUCCACUCAGUACAAGAUUAUAGCCGACCUUCCAGACUCCAACAAGGGGGCUGGAGAUGACUUUCUUAUUGCCUCUGGAAAUUGGGAAUUUGGCCCAGAUGAAGAUGUCCACCUCUACCCUCUCCCUCGAACACUUACAGAGGGCAAGAAUCUUCAUCAACCACCGAAAAAUUUUCGUCAAUCCUUCUUCCCAGGACCAGAUCUGAGAACACUUCUGGGCCUUCCAAUCCUUAAACGAAAAGCCCCAGUAUUAUUAAACUUUGUCCCCACACACAAAUCCAUUUUACCCGACGUCCCUCGAAAAAGGAAGAAGAGUCUCUCCCCACCAACAGCCACAACCUUAACUGCUUCUACAUCUCGGACAGAUCAAGAGUCCACACCUGACCCAGCCGAUCUUCCAUCAACUUCGGCCCCCUUCUUAAUACCAAUUCCUGAACGUAAACGCCGACGAAAGCUCGUAAAGACUGCCGAAAUGGUUCGUCAAAGGCCUGUUGUCCAAGACCUUCUUGCCGAUCUCCCAACUGACGCCGAAGCCGCACCAACGCAAACAAUGCUCCCACCCAAACAAAAGAGAGUAAAAAGGGCUCAGCCUAAGGCCAAGGCUACAGAUGCCGAAGCUGAAGAUACUGUGCCUAUUUCAAAGCUGGCAGAAAGCAAGAAAUCAGCCUCUGUCUCCACCAAGAGAUCUGCUGAGGGUCAACCCUCAGGGUCUACACAAACAAAGCGGCCAAGGUCAUCGUCUGCGACGACCUCGGCUUCAAAGAAGCCCGACGUCCCAUGGGCCCCUGAUCUAUCUCUAGAGGACAGGCCUAUCAUGGCUAGCGAAAGUGCUGAUGACAUCAACGUUGCUGUCGCCCUUAGCACUGCUCUUCUUCUACCAAAUGACUUGGAGCGAAAUGCCAAGUUCAGUGAGUAUGAAAAUUACGCUCUGAUGCUCCAACACUCUGCUCAAGCUAUCCAACAUGCCCACUCAUUUUCAAUGCAAUCCUUUGAGAAUCGUCAAAGAUUGGUUGAUAUGAAGAGGGAAGCGACCUCAAUGAAGAGAGAAUUAAGGGCUCUUGAAGUAAAAAUGAAGAAACUAGAGGAUCAAGCCGAGGCUGCAACGAAGAACCAAACCUUAGCUCUUGAGAAGGCCGAAGCUGCUGAGGCCGUUAAAAAAGUAGCUGAAGCCGAGAAAAGGGAGGCCGAGGCUCAGAAGGUCCAAGCGCAAAAAGAACUCCAACAAGCGCUGGCCACCAAGGAGGCCGAAAUCAAAGAGGCCGAUGAAAAGGCCUAUGCUCAAGGUAUGGCCGACGUUGCAGAAGACUACAAGCUUCAAGUCAGGCAGGCAUGCAACAGGGGAUUUUCCCUUGGUUGGAUGUCCUUGAUAAAGAAGCUUGACCUUCCUGCCGACUCGCCAUUGCGUCAGGCCGAUGCUAUUCCGUUACCAUUUCCUCCACCUCCUCCUGAAGGUGAAUCAGAGUCCGAGGCCGAGGAGGAAGAUGAAGAAAAAGAUGAUGGUGAGGCCUUGGUGAGAAAACCCAAGAAUGCUGCCGAAGUCAAGUCCCCUCCUCCCGCUGAACUGGUUAUGGACUUAACUCAAGAUGAGGGGGGUGAUGAUGCUGAGGAAGUGCCCGAAGAAAAAGAUGAGGGUGAAGCCUUGGUGAGAAAACCCAAGGGCGCUGCUGAGGCCAAGUCCUCUCUUCCAGCGGAGCAAAUUUUAGACUUAACUCAAGACGAAGUGGGUGAUGAGGCUGAGGAAGUGUCCAAGGAAUCUGUUCAAGGGUGUCCAUCAUCUGACCUCCUUCCGACUGACAGAAGUCUUGACACAACCUUGGCAGAGAUAGAUGCCGAAAUACAAGCGGAGAAGGCGGCCGAGGAGAUUCCACCUGAAUCAUCCGAGGUUCCAGUUCCUGCUGCUGCUGAUGUUCAAGAGUCUUGA